AUGACCUCUCCCAAGCAGCGACGAUGGUAUCAGAUGCGAUGGUUCUCGGAGAAUGAUACCCUCGAGGACAAGAAGCUGAUUCUCAAGCUGGAUGCUCUGAUUGUCCCGUAUGCCUUUCUGUCCUAUUGGACGAAAUAUAUCGACCAAGCCAACCUGAACAAUGCCUAUGUAUCGGGAAUGCAAGAAGAGAUCGGCCUCGGUGGGGAUGACUUAGUAAACCUCCAGACGAUGUACACGGUGGGCGCGGUGGUUGGCCAGCUCCCAUUUGCGUAUCUCUUUACGCGAGUGCCCAUCUCAUGGCUGAUCCCCAUCAUGGACAUCGCCUGGGGCAUCUUCACUCUCCUCCAAUACCGGGCUACAUCGUACAGCGAGAUGAUGGCCUACCGAUUUCUGGUGGGAUGGUUCGAGGCGGCGUUCUUCCCCGGAAUGCAUUACAUCUUUGGGGCCUGGUAUCGCGGAGACGAGAUCGCUCGUCGUGGGGGCUGCUUCUAUGUUGGUCUGACACUGGGCACCCUCACAGCCAGCCUCAUCCAGGCCGGUGCUUCCUCGCGCCUGGAUGGGGUGUCCGGCCUUGCCGGGUGGCGAUGGAUGUUCAUUAUCUGCGCGAUCAUCACCAUCCCUAUAGGCAUCUUGGGAUUUUUCGUCCUACCCGGGACUCCCGACAAGCCCAACCGACUGAUUCUUCGGCAAGAAGACAUCCAGCGUGGGCGUGAACGACUCGAGCGCACCGGUCAUCGGUUCACCUCGUCCGGCUUCUCCACCCUUCAAACCUGCCGUUCACUCCUGAAGAGCCAGAAAUUCUACAUCUUCCUUGUCCUAGACGUCCUGUUCUGGAAUGCGGGCCUCCACGCCUCCGCAGGGGGGUAUCUCCUGUGGCUGAAAUCGCUCCAACGCUUCAGCACGGCCACCCUGAACAAUCUCUCCGCUAUUGCCCCCGCCCUCGGCAUCUUCUAUACUCUGUUUGUCUGCUUCCUAUCAGACCUCUGGCUGGGUCCGGCGUGGGCCAUUGUCCUAGCCCACACGUGGAACAGCCUGGGGCUGAUCAUUCUCACGAUCUGGGAGGUGCCCGAGUCGGCCAAGUGGUUUGCGUUCUCGACGAUCUAUGCGUGUGUGGCCAUGUCGAGCGUGCUGUACGGGUGGGUCAACACCGAGCUCCGGUAUUCCCCGCAGGAACGAGCCGUGGUCCUGGUGGUCAUCAAUGCGGUCUCGCAGUCCACGACUGCCUGGACACCAUUACUGGUGUUUCCGACCGUGGAGGGGCCGCGAUUCACCAAGGGUUAUGCAUUCACCUUGGGGUCUGCGCUGGCAUUGAUAGUGGGGACGAUUGGGGUCUGGGCCGUUUUUCGGAGGAAGGCGAUGGUCAGUAAUGGAGAGGAGGAGGAGGAGAUAGUCGUGGUGCAGGGGAAGCGGGAUGGCAAGACUGAGGGCACUGAGCAGUAG